AUAAUUAAUUCGUUUAAGUAUCAGUAAAGGAAUAAGCGGUUUGAUCAAUGAAAAAAUGAGGCGCUUUUAUUUUUUUCUCGCCUCCAUCCCCUCACAGUGUAUGGACCUGGCGUCUGAUUCUGACAGGCGCCUGAGUCUGAUUCCUAUUGGGUCACCCGCUGAUGGGUGGACUGAAUAAAUAGGGAGUGAAAUGCGGUUAAGAUGAGUGGAGGAGAAGCAGAGAGGCUGGGAGACGCUCAUCAUAGUAGCUGCAGCUGUGCGCAACUGGACUCUGACCGAACUCCCCGUUCACUCACAAUACGGCUCCUUGCACCACCUGGUUAUUUAUUUUAUUUUUGAAAUCUUCCUGUUCUCAGCGGUCCAAGUUCCUCAUCUGCUGCAAACAGGUUGGAAGAAGCGAACCUCCUCCUUCCUCCUCCUCCUCAUUCUCUCCGGGCGCGUCUUUGAAUUUUUAGCGUGAACACCAUGAUGAUGAUUAUUGCGGAGUUCUUCGUGGUCAUCUUGAAGGUGCUCUGGGCUUUUGUCACCGCCGGGGCGAAGUGGGUCGUGCCACCCAAAGAGAAGAGCGUGGCGGGACAGGUGUGCGUGAUCACCGGGGCCGGAAGCGGCCUCGGCCGGUUGUUUGCCAAGGAGUUCGCCCGGAGAGGAGCGACGCUGGUGCUAUGGGACAUAAACAGCCAAAGCAACGAGGAAACGGCGGAGAUGGUACGGCAGAUUUACAAGGAAUUGGACACUCCUAUCCAGAAAGAAGAACCUGUUGGAGGGGUGGAGGAAGUCCCCACUUUCCAGCCCCAGGUCCACACCUAUGUGUGUGAUGUGGGAAAGCGCGAGAACGUGUACUCCACCGCAGAGCAGGUGCGCCGAGAGGUGGGAGAGGUGGACAUACUGAUCAACAACGCCGGUGUUGUCUCGGGUCAUCACCUUCUGGAGUGCCCGGACGAGCUGAUCGAACGCACCAUGGUGGUCAACUGUCAUGCACACUUCUGGACCACCAAGGCGUUUCUCCCCAAGAUGUUGGAGCUGAAUCAUGGUCACAUUGUAACUGUUGCCAGCUCCCUCGGUUUAUUCAGCACAGCUGGAGUGGAGGAUUACUGCGCCAGUAAGUUUGGUGCCAUCGGGUUCCAUGAAUCUCUGAGCCAUGAGAUUAAAGUCUCCGAAAAGGACGGCAUCAGCAUGACUCUGGUGUGCCCUUACCUGGUCGACACAGAGUUGUUCAAAGGUUGCAGGAUAAGGAAGGAGAUUGAGCCUUUCCUGCCUCCCCUGAAGCCAGAGUUCUGUGUGAAACAAGCCAUGAGGGCCAUCCUGACAGACCAGCCCAUGGUCUGUACUCCUCGCAUUGUGUACAUGGUUAACUUCAUGAAAAGCAUCCUGCCCUUUGAGGCCAUCGUGUGCAUGUAUCGGUUCCUGGGUGCUGACAAGUGCAUGUACCCUUUCCUAGCUCAGAGAAAGGAGGCGAUGAACAACAACGAGGCAAAGAAUGGAAUCUAAGAGGCGCCAUUAGCAAACAAGGGCAUUUAAAGCUGCCGACACAAGGAAACAACCACUGAGGAUGAAAAUGGGGGAAGAUGAAAAGACUGAAUCUAGACUGGUGCACUUGCAUUGAGCAGAUGCAAAGGUUUACCAUAUUGUUCCGCUGGAACAAAGAAAGCUGUGUACUACACAAAAGAUAUAUUUGACUUUUUUUGUUUGUUUAAAAAAAAACCAUCAUCUAUAUAUUGUCAUUAGUUUUUUAAAUCAUACAAAAGGUAUCCAGUAAUUAACUAUUUACGUAAUGUAGUCAUUGUGGAAAUAUACAGUAUGUUACUGUACAAACAGUAAUCUUCCACUUUUAUUUUUGUAGACAUGCACUGUAAUUUCUAAUUUUUUUUCUAAUGUAAAUUUAAAUGUUUUUUUUCUACACUGCUAGCGUUCUUUGAUUUGUUAUCAUUGCAACACAAUUGUCCAACGUGUCUAGCGCAGAGGCUCAAUAAGUCCAAUGCCAUGAAGUACAAAUAAAUAUUUUACUAUAUUACUGUUUUGUUUUAUUAUUUUGGAAAUGUUUAGCGUAUUUCCAACACCAGUUGACUUCUCUUUACAGGAGUCUAUGGACUCAACCAUUUUUACUUUAGCCAACUUCUUAAAUGAAAAGUACACAAGGGAGUUGGGUUUUCUAGACUGAAUUGGCAUGCGACGUAUUCAGAAUGUAUAGCUGGAGGAUCAGUCCAGUAGAUCUGUAUUUAUAUUUCUCUUUUGUGCCUGUUUUCCAAGAAUUGUGGUCCUAAUGUAAUUAAGUUUUUUAAAAAUCUGAUUGAAACCGCGGUCCAGACACUGUUUGGUCAAGGGAAAUGUAUUUGUACUCCCUCUUUCCUUGAUGGUUCCUCUUGUCCAGUUUUAAAUGUAUCUGUUUAAAUGUUGUGAACAUCACAUCUGCUUUGUUUUCCUCUGUUCAACACUUUUUUAAAGUUUCAACACUAUAUUACAUUCCACUAGGCAUCGUUACUUCAGUGAUAUGCCUAAAUUCUCUACCUCUUGUUUUUUUUCCCUUUUUGUUGGAUGUUAUAACAUGCCUUUUCUUUUCUUUUUUUUUUUAUUUUGCUCUUUUUUUUGUUAUUUUCAAAAAUCUGCCCAGUAGCAGAGAAAGUGUGGUUCCAAUGUUUAGUGUCUCUACUUAACUUAAAUUAAUAAAGCAAUUUAGAUUAUUA